GCCGGGCCCGCCAUCUUGUUCCCAGGGGCAGUUGGCGGAAGAGAUCGCGCUCCGGGGUCGCCGGCUUUGCCUUCUUGCCCGGAGUCCUCGCAGCCCCGCAUCUCGGGGUGGCGGGGCGUCUGCUGUCUACCCCGGGAUCCGUUCGUCGACUUCCCCCCCGCCCCCACCCCUCCGUCUCUCUGCCUCGCCUGGCUGGGGCAGAGCCACAGCGCGGGCCCCAGCUCCUGGGGCGGCGAUCCAUGGAGUAGGGUCCCGGACCGUUGUCCCGACGAGCGAGCGCGACCGAGCGUGGCCCCCUCCCCCGCCCGCCCUCCCUCCCUCCCUCCUCCAGCCGCGACAUGGCCAACAACAGCCCGGCGCUGACGGGCAACUCGCAGCCGCAGCAGCACCAGGCGGCGGCGGCGGCGGCCGCGGCCCAGCAGCAACAGCAGCAGUGCGGCGGCGGCGGCGGCGGCGGCGGGGCCGCCAAGCCCGCGGUGUCGGGCAAGCAGGGCAACGUGCUGCCGCUGUGGGGCAACGAGAAGACGAUGAACCUCAACCCCAUGAUCCUGACCAACAUCCUGUCGUCGCCCUACUUCAAAGUGCAGCUGUACGAGCUCAAGACCUACCACGAGGUGGUGGACGAGAUCUACUUCAAGGUCACACAUGUUGAGCCAUGGGAGAAAGGAAGCAGAAAAACAGCUGGCCAGACGGGGAUGUGCGGAGGGGUUCGAGGUGUUGGAACAGGAGGAAUUGUUUCUACAGCUUUUUGCCUGUUAUACAAAUUAUUUACUUUGAAGUUAACUCGAAAGCAAGUGAUGGGUCUUAUAACACAUACAGACUCUCCAUAUAUUAGAGCCCUUGGAUUUAUGUAUAUAAGGUAUACACAGCCCCCUACAGACCUGUGGGACUGGUUUGAGUCUUUUCUUGAUGAUGAAGAGGACCUAGAUGUGAAGGCUGGUGGAGGCUGUGUAAUGACCAUUGGAGAAAUGCUUCGGUCUUUUCUCACAAAACUGGAGUGGUUUUCUACUUUGUUUCCAAGAAUUCCUGUUCCAGUUCAGAAGAACAUUGAUCAGCAGAUUAAAACUCGACCUAGGAAAAUCAAGAAAGAUGGAAAAGAAGGUGCUGAGGAAAUAGACAGACAUGUGGAACGCAGACGUUCAAGAUCUCCAAGGAGGUCUCUGAGUCCACGGAGAUCCCCAAGAAGAUCAAGAAGCAGAAGUCAUCAUCGGGAGGGCCAUGGGUCUUCUAGUUUUGACAGAGAGUUAGAAAGAGAGAAGGAACGCCAGCGGCUAGAGCGGGAAGCCAAAGAAAGAGAAAAAGAAAGGCGAAGAUCCCGAAGUAUUGAUCGGGGGUUAGAUCGCAGGCAUAGCAGGAGUAGGGAAAGGCAUAGGAGCCGCAGUCGGAGUCGCGAUAGGAAAGGGGACAGAAGAGACAGGGAUCGGGAAAGAGAGAAAGAAAAUGAGAGAGGGAGGAGACGAGAUCGAGACUAUGAUAAGGAAAGAGGUAUUGAUCGAGAAAAGGAGAGGGACCGGUCCAGAGAACGCUCCAAGGAACGGAGAAGUAGGGGGGAGGUGGAAGAGAAGAAACAUAAAGAAGACAAAGAUGAUAGGCGGCAUAGAGAGGACAAAAAAGAUUCCAAGAAAGAAAAAAAACACAGUAGAAGUAGAAGCAGAGAGAGGAAACACCGGAGUCGGAGUCGAAGUAGAAAUGCAGGGAAACGAAGCAGGAGCAGGAGCAAAGAGAGAUCAAGUAAGCACAAAAAUGAAAACAAAGAAAAAUCAAAUAAACGAAGUAGAAGUGGCAGUCAAGGAAGAACUGACAGUAUUGAGAAAAAAAAACAACAUAGUCCCAGCAAAGAGAAAUCUAGAAAGCGUAGCAGAAGCAAAGAACGUUCCCACAAACGAGAUCAUGAUAGUAAGGACCAGCCAGACAAGCGUCGGAGGAGCCAAAGUGUUGAACAAGAGAGCCAAGAAAAGCCACAGAAAAACAAAGAUGAGACUGUGUGAAGAUUUUUGUAUAAGUGGAUCACAUUGAAUCCUAUCAACAUUUGAUUAAAUCUUUUUUUUCCCCUGAGUUAAAAUUGUGCAGUAGUUAAACUCUUCAAGCUCUCCAUAGGCUGCAUUUUCAUUUCUUCAUUUGGUGUAGGGAAGUGCCUUUGUAAUCCCAUUCAUUGCAUUGACAUUUUCACCCACUUGUUGAGUUGAUGAUACAUGAUGCACAGAAUGUUCUUGCAUUUUUAUUGUUUGGUUGUUGUUGUUUUUUUUUUUUUUAAGAUGUACAGUCUGUACAUAUGUCCUGAAAAUGUUUUAAUUCCUUUAGGCAUGGUUGCCAUGUUGGUUAAAUUUGUAUAAGGCAAUAAACUGCCGCUACUUAUAUUUUUUUGUAGGUGUGGGAUUAUGGUUGUGUACUGAAGUUAGCAUGGCUGUGCUUUCAUAAUAGAAUGCUGAAGACUUUGGGAAUGGAUCUUGGAUGUCGUCUUCUAGGAGAGUUGUGUUUUCAGUGUACAUGAAGGCGACAAUUGUAGGCUUAACAAUUCUUGUCCACUGUAUAUUAUCUUGAAAGGCUCUUGUUAAUAUGUUGUACUUAAUAUUCUCCACAGUUAACUUUAGAGAGAAUUUAUAAGAAGUUAGUUUCUGAUGCAGAAGUUUAAAUUAGGCUGUGAUUGGAUCAGGUCCUUUUAGCAUUCUACCUCAAAGGGACAUUUAGUAUGCCUAAAACGUAUUCACUUAGUUAUCCUUUUUUAUUUGAAAACUACAUGUAACCUUUUUUUUCCUUGAUUCUUUCUCAGAUUUUUAAAGUACUAUAUUAAAAAAAAAUUAAUGUCUAAAGCCUAGCAUUCUUGGAGCAACCCUGUACUAAUAUGUAAUUGGGAGAGGGUGGGGCAGAUGAAUAGAGAAACAUAUUCAAGCCUCAAGCUUCCAAAGCAUUUUUAUAAGUGGAAAAUACUUAAAUUAUGAAACAGCUUGAUAUAGCAUCCUUUUUUAAAACUCAACUUUUUUUAUUGAUAAUGAAGAUUGCUGUUUUGUUUUUAAACAUAAUAUAGAACAAAAUUAAAAGUAAUGCUGUGCUGCAUUAUUUAAGACUAUCAGCAAAUUGAUAGAUUGUUCUUAUGACCUGUAUUCUGAGAACUAUCAUGAGUGUGGAAUAAAUACUGGAUUAAAUCCUUUA